GAAAUUCAACCACCUCUCAAACCCCCCAGCUUAAUUCCUUUAAGAAAGCUCAUUUUUCUGCAAUACCCCAAUCAAAAGCACAUAACAACAAUCUUAUAAUUCGAACCCUGUUGUCGGUAUUUUAAUAACGUUACCUUGGAUAGCUAUGAAGCUUUUACAUCUCCUUGUUACAGCAACUAUAUCGGCCGCUGCAGUACGCUGGGCCAACGAUGACGAACUCGCUGUCAUGAAUGCCAACCGUGGUAAGGUCGGCACGGCUCUUGCAAUGCCAAAUGCUGUAGAGAUGCAGACCAUGGAGGUGGAACGAAUGUUCAAUAUUACUCCGGGCCUUGUGCCCAUUGGAAAGAUGAGAGAAAUUUGGAAAUACCAUGGCCAGAAUGUUGAUGAGGAUCAAUUGCUACACUGGCUAGCCAAUUCAACCCAACAGGCUCAGGAUCGUCGUGGUGCGCAGCAAAUAUUAGCUGCCAACCAAUUUAUUCGUGCUGGCGGCUGGGCAAUGUUCAUAGCAUUCAGUUCCGAUGCUGGUAGCACUAUUCGAGCAGUUUGGAAUGACUGCUAUGGUGCUGCUACCAAGGAUGGAACUGCAACCGGUAAAGAAUGUGGUGAUAAGGUCAUCGCUGCAAUCGUGAAAGCUAGUUGGUCCUUUGUGGCGGGUGGAUUAGGGUAUGGAGCCAUACUAUUACAGGGUCAAGCGGAUCCAAACCAACCUGUCUACGAACUGCAGAACCAGUUACCGCCUGACUUGGAGCAUGGAGUGCAGAGGAAGCGUUCGGCAGACCAGGCGUGCCCAAACCACAAUGGCAACUUUAAUGGUUUCUAUGGAGUAAGGUUUCAUCUCGGGCCACAUAUCGGUGCUAAACUGUCCGGGUUUGCACCUUGUGGUGCAGGAGGUCCAAAACCCAAUGACGCUGCACAAGGUAGCUUCGGUUACCAAAUCAACAGAGCGGCUGGUGAUAACGGAGCAGCUAGAAUGCAAUUCUACACGAUUCAGGAUGGUUCUAGGGUUAAUAUUAUGGGUGGCGCUAUCGUCUACGAAACCAACCCGACUGACACCUGCCCAGAGUUCAUCGGUUUUAACGGUUGUGAAGAAUAGCUGGGGUAGAUUAGAAUAUGGUUUCAGAACGAUCAGAGCCGUCCGAGGGACAGGUUGUGUAGAGAGAUAUCAAUAGUGCUAUACCUCAAUGUAUGCAAGGUAUAACUUAGUUGUCUAUAAUUACAGCACUCCGUAGGUACUCUGUGCUGUGCUGCACACAUGCAAUUGGUCACCCACGUGAUUUCAAGUGGUGGGGCCUUUUAAUAGCAGUAUAAAGGAUAUGACACCCCCGCUG